AUGACCACGGACGCCGGUCACUCUCUGCAUCAGAUCACUUCUGGCCCCAAGCCGACGUCGCCGAUCAACGAGCCCAUGGACACUCUUCCCGAGGUUCGAUACUCCGAUCUUGGCGACCUCAAGCCGAUCGAAGAAGACGAAAUUCCGAAUGAGCCUAGCGUACCUGCCGACGGUGACCUCGAUACUCCUCAGCGGCCAGACUCACCAACAUUCGGCCUGAACGGCUUCAUUCGUUCUCAUCUGCGCCAAGUAAGCGAUCAAUCUUCCAUUUGCCCUCCGCCUUCCCCAGGCCUCACUCAGACGGAGUCGACCUCAAACUACCUUACAACUGGCGAGGCUACCUCUGAGCUGAGCACUCCUGCCACCACCCCAGACGAGGCGCUGCUGGGCCUCGAUCACACGACUCCAACAAGUCCCAAACCCUCCUCGCACCACUCUUCAGAACACACCGCCAAUCGCUCCAGUGGUGAUUCAUCGAACACUAGCGCUGCAAAUGGCGUUGAAUACGUGCACUCAAACGUAUCCAACUGGAAGGAUGAGCUUCAAUACGGACACCGUCGUGGUGCCAGCACUGAGACCCAGAGAGAGCGUGAAGAAUUCGAGAUCGAGCUGGCGGAGCGUCGACGCAAGGUUCAGGAGAAGUUGAGAAGCGUCGCUGAGAGCGAAAGCAGGUCUACCAGUCCCGCACCUGGCCGAUCUACACCUGACAUCGGCGGAAUCAAAGCUGGUAAUGCUUUUUCCAUUCUGAAGCACAAGGCCGCUAAGCAGGGUAUGGGUAAGGCCGAUCUGAAAGGCAUGAUGUAUGGAAACAAUGCAGGCUCUACUCCUGCUCUGGUUUCCGAAGAUCAAUGGCGUGAGGAAGAUCGGCCUGGACCAAACUUUGGUCGCCACCCCAACUUCAGCUCACCCCAUGUCGGGUCUGAGCGAGCCUUUCGGUCCCGCGUUCCAACUGUCGGCCGCCCCAGUCAUGAAGAAUCCCGAGAAUCGAGUCGUAGCCGCGGGCCCUCCCCUCAUAGUGGAUUCCGCUCUCGUUCCGGUUCUGACGCGUCCGGCCGAUCCAAGAGCCGCACGCGCUAUCGUGAACGUGAUGACUUGGAGACUGUGAACGAAGCAGGCUCAUUACCGAGUGAGACCUUUGUCAUUCCUGAGAAUUACCGUCCCCCUUUGGUUCCUAGCUCAACUCGCACGUCUGAAGAUGCCGAAGCAAUGACAUAUGAUCGCUCCACCUCCGCCGCAUCGGGCCGGUACCGUAGCACCAGUCGUUCAGGGGCUCCAGGUUUUCAAUUUGAGCGGCCGUUUGCAUACCAACAAACACAGACUUCGUCAAUGAUCGGGGCCCCUCCGCGACCACCCCCUGCCGCCCCUGCCUACUCGGCCAACGCUACUCCUCCCCUCGUCGAAGACCAGUCUCCCGCUGGGAACCCAACUGCGACUGUCAGCAGUGCUCAUUCCCUGUCACAGCGAACCCCAGGCAGUACCCUGCUCCAGAAGCGAAGCGUCAACAAGAAGCUCAUCUCAGAGCCAACCUUGGUGUCCUCGACUUCCAAUGUGCCCCUAGUCGGUCUUCCGGUUAGCAACUCGACUCCCUCUGUUUCUUCGCAACAAGGCGCCACACCUCCUCCGCUGCCACCGAUGAAUCCUCGCCGUCGUCGGGGCACUCAAACAAUCCUGAGUGCUUUCAAAUCAGACAAGCAUGACUCCCGGGCAUCAUCUCCCGUUCCCAGCGCCUUUGAUGAGCAAAGUUCUUUCCCCGACGACGAGAAGCGCCCGCGUUCCCGCAACCGCCUGCGUAAAUCCACGAGUGAGACCGGCAGCCUUCAUGCAAGAGCUCGCCAGGAAGUGACUGAUGUUCCAGUUCCGGCGCUGCCUUCUAAUCCCCCACCUCCAAUUCCUGUCAAUGGUGGAAUGUUCUAG